AUGGCUAAAGGCGGUUCUACUGAGGGUGAGAGGUCGUGCGGUCUCCCACAUCAUCGAACACCUCACCGAGUGUCGAGUGGACUGCAAAUAACUUCAGUGGAUCCCACCAGCUCCCGAGGAAAAGUUGACGUUGGAACAGCAGCAGCAUUAGUGGAAGACACCCCGAUAGGGGAAGGAGAAUUGGAGGAGGAAGCGAGCUGUUUCACUACCAGUCAAUCAGUAGUUAUAACACGAUGCCCGGGUGGCAACAAACACACGGAGACGGAGAUAGUAGAACAGAAGGCAACGAAGGUCAGCAACGCUCUGCAGACCCGAGCGAUUGGUGAUGUAAUUCAAGGGAGGGCGCGAGAGAAGUUCGAGCUUCAGAGACUCAAUGAUCGACUCUCAAGUUUUAUUGAAAGGGUUCGUCUGCUUGAAGCUCAUAAUCGAAGCUUAGCAAAGGAGGCUUCGAGUCUGCGCACCAACUACAGCAUUGAUAUCAAUCGUCUUCGAGGCAUCUACAACACCGACUUGGAACAGCUGCGCGCCUCCUUGGCAGCCUCAGAGGAGCGACGAGCACACUAUGAGAUCCGUGCUGAGCGUGCUGAGGCGGAGCUCAACGACCUUCAACAGGCACUUCGCGCAAAGGAAAAACAAGUUGUGUGUGACCAAGAACGCUUAAAGACUUGUAAUGAACAACUCAAAGCGGCGGAGAGCGAAGUCCAAGAAAUCCAACAACGCUGCACCUCGAUGGCCGAGGAGAGAGCCAAGGAGGCAUACGAAUUCAAACGGCUACAGGAACAGUUGAAGGAGGCGUGUUUAGACAACGACAGACUCUCGGUGGCCAGACACGCCGCAGAAACGGAUGCCAAAAUGCUUCGCGAAGAAUUGGAUCAUAGGAAGAAAGUUCAGGAUGCUGAGUUGCGUGAGCUCUCCGCUCUUGUACAACGCGAAUCGACACAGGAGGCUGUGGCAGUUUUCCGAACGGAAAUAAUGCAAGUGUUGCGUGAAAUCCAACUGGAGUACGAACAGCGCUUGGAGGCCACUAAGGCGGACAUUCACUCGGCUUAUGAGGUGAAGGCGCGGGUGCUGCGUCAGACGGGAGUGGCGGAAACGGGUGCGGAGGGAGAGUCGGCACCAGUUCAUCUCCGUCAGCAUCUCAUCGACCAGCGUCGAAAAAUUACCACUCUGGAGGAGGCUAAUGCCCAGUUGGAGCUUACAAUCCGAGAAAUGCGAACGGCGAGUCAGGAGAGACAGAAGGAUAACGAACUCACAAAACACCGAUUGACCACAGAGCUGAGCGCCUGUCAGGCGGAAUUACAACGACUGCGGACAGAUUUUGAAGCCCUUUUGGAUUCGAAGAUGGGUUUAGAAUUGGAGAUAGCCUCUUAUCGACGGCUAAUUGAACAUGAAGAGCGAAGACAACACGUUUUCGGAUGUUCAGUUCUGGAGAAGCCCCGAGCAGAAUUGGUACUGCCCCAGCCGACACCGAAGAGGAUUAGUCACACACGCAGUUCCAAGGGCAACAUCUCCAUUGUGGAGUGCGCAGUUGACGGCUCUUCGGUUACUUUGGCCAAUACCGGUUCCCAGAGAGAAGAUAUCAGUGGCAUGAGGUUGGUGCGUCAAGUGGACGAUCGGCUAACCAACACCUUCACCAUUCCCAAGAGUACAGUGCUGGAGACAGAUCCCAAUCGAAGGCUAAUAAAGAUAUGGUCCGAGGGUUGCAAACCAACUGAUGCAGAUGGACUUGAGCUUAGUGACUCUCGAUGGGGCACUGGAGCCACCAUGAGGACUGUCUUGAUAGCGCCAAGUGGAGAGGUCAGUGAACACUAG